AAGUUUUUCCAUAGCCAUGUCGGAUUUUGCGAAUUUCAGAGCAGAGAUGGAGGAAGGUACCUCUCUGCAAUCUUCCACCCACAAGUUGCUAAAAGCCAUUUCGGAGCGUGCUCGUGUUUCAGGUCGGCAGGUUAUAGCUUUAUCUAUCGACGGUAUCCGGGUAGCCCAGGCCCACAAAGGUUUCCUUCUUUGGAAUUACAUCGUACCCAUUGGUGUAUUAGAUGAAAAUGGAAAUUGGCAUGCCGGUGCAAUCGCUACGUUAGUUGACACCAUUGGCACCCUUGCGACCUUUUCCCUUGUUCCUGCUUUCAAUGUCUCUGUCGAUUUCUCCAUAUCCUUCUUCUCCACGGCUAAGGUUCAGGAAGAGGUUGAAGUAGAGGCAAAGGUUGUGGGGAAGAAGGAAAAAUUAACUUGUGUGGCUGUUCAAGUUAGGAAGAAAGAGAAUGGAGAAUUGAUUGCUUUGGGCAAGCAAUGGAUGGCAGCUACUGACAUCAAUGCAGUCCUUCGAACCAUUUGCAAGAUGAAAAUAGAAUCUGUCAUGCAGAAGCAAUCACUGCUUUAGGGGGUGUUUGGGAUAUCUCAAAAUCACUUAAAAAAAGUGCUUUCACGCGAGGGUUCAGGUUAUCUUCUUUUUUUUCUUUUUCUAAUAUUGACCUUUCAAAAUCAGAUUGUUUCUGAAGAAGUUUUUAAUUAUGAUGCAGUGAUACUUGGAACAGGGAAUCACAAUAUAUCUGAUCUACAUAGUUUCUUGGUUUAUAGAAGUAUUUAGUUAUAAAGCAUUAACGCACAGAAAAGGGAAUCAUAAUUUAUCUUAUCUACAUAGUUUCUUGUUCUAUAUCCUAAUCAAAUAACUACCUUUUAGUCAUGAAUCCAAAUUUUCCUCUUCCAAAUCGCCCAAACUCAUCUUCUUCUUCUUUUUUUUCUUGUUGAAAAGUUUCACCAUAAGCAGAACAUAACCAGUAAUACGGUGAAUUGGCUUCCCUGUGAGCAUGGCUAUGUGAGAUUUGACAGUAAUGCAAUACUGAAUGGAGAUGGGAGUGGAUCAUGUGGUGGAGCGAUUAAGGUUGAAUAUGUGAUGGACCCAAAGCCAAUGGGCUUUUAUCUAAAGGGCCAACGCUAAGGCAUCUGGAGUGUGUGAGGUCUGUGUGAGAGACAGAGAGGCUGUUUGACGAGUAUAUUUUGGACAAAAAGUGAGUGUUUGUGAGGGAGAGACUCUAAUCUCUCAAAAACUAGGGAACCAGUGAGUGAGUAUGUGGAUUUUCUGUCACUUUCUCAUCUUAUUUUCUCUGUAGUUUUCUGGUUA